CAUUGAAUUGGAAUUUCUUUUGAUUAGAGUACGAGUGGCUCGUACUAUAUAACUGGAGAUCUGUAAACGAUUUUUAUUAGAAGAGAUUUCGUCCGUUCGUAGAGAAAACAGCUCAUAAUGUAUUUGAAAAACGUGUUAGUCCUUUGCGGUUUAUCCUCAAUGUUGGCAGUGUCCAGUGGUCUAAUGUUGGAAUGCAACUACAGCAGGAAAGUCCAAGACGAUAUAGGUUUAGUGUACACAUGUGAAGCGAGAGUCGUUCCAGUUGGGGAUCAACGAUACGUGUUUAGCAUAUCUGAAAAUUCAGUACAUUUGGAAGGCUAUGGUAACGACGAUGUCGAAGCACUUGAGUAUAAUGCACCCAUUGGCUUCACACCACGCAAUGUGAGCUCAUUUUUUCCGAAUCUUCUAUUAAUUAAGGCAAAUGGAAUUCAGUCGGACAGUCUUACACGUGAGGACUUAACGGGAUUCGCUCAAUUACGUUCGUUAAGAUUUUCUGACAACAACUUAAGAGAGAUCGGCAACGAUUUAUUCAUCGAGAAUCCAUUAUUGACUCUGAUUUUCUUAGACAACAAUCAGAUACGACAUGUCGCUAACAAUGUAUUCGAUCACUUAACUUUACUUCGUACCUUAUAUAUGUUCAAUAACGAUUGCACCAACGAAUUCGUCUACAAUGAACCAGAUAAGGUUCCAGAUGUAUUGUUCCAAAUUUUACUUGAAUGUCCACCAACAUUUGAAAUGAUUGAGGAACGAAUUGUGAAUGGUGAUCAACUGGGACUUGCGGUUCAGUCUCGAAUCGACAGUGCGACCGCUACGUUACAUGAGAAACUGGAAGCCGUAGUCGAACAACUUAGCUUAUUAGAGGAGAGAAUAGAAUUACUGGAAACAAAUAGUACAAUACCGGUUAGCAAUUAAGUGCUACUGUUAGAAACACAGACAAAAUAAAGUUAAUAAACGAGUCAUUCAUUGUAAA